AUGUACAGGCAUCUAGCGACCUCGCUGUCCAUUCUUCUCUGCCUCUUCCUCGUUUCUCCUGUCCUCUCAAAAUACGGCACAAAUGACAGAUUUUCACAAGAAAGACCACCUGGUAGAGAUGCCAUCCUGCUCUCGAACGUCAAGGCCUUGACCCUUCGAGCGAACCGUCUCACAACGUCCCGUCGCGUCGCCCCAAUACCUCAACUCACCUGUACCGGGCCUUCGCGGCGCAUUUGCAAUCUGUACAAGAUCGACACGAUGCGAUGCACGAAUGCAGGCUACGACUACGAUGAAGAGGAUGUGCAGUGGACCUGCACUGCGCAACUUCCGCCAGAGUUCAAACUGGGAUCGACGGACGUCGUGUGCGAAGGCUACCGAAGCGCAGACGAUAAAUGGGUCCUCAAGGGGAGCUGUGGAGUCGAGUAUCGCCUUCUUCUAACGGAUCGCGGGGAGAGGCAAUUCGGGGACUUGCAGUACGACUUUAUAUGGCCCUGGAAGGGGUCCAGGAGUACCUGGAGCAACGUGAUAGCCUUGCUAGGGGAUCUACUCUUUUUUGGCUUUGUUGCCGCCGUUCUCAUCCUGAUCAUACUGCCCAUGCUUGCGGAUUGCCUUGGUAUACGCAGAGGAGGUAGACGAGGUCCGAGAGCUGGUCGUGGAUGGGGAGGAUGGGGAGGGGGAGGUCCUGAUAAUGAUGGAUACCCUCGCGGCCCUCCACCUCCAUACGGCUGUGAUGAUUCCAAUGCCUUUGCGUCUCGGGCUUCUCCGCAAGGUUGGAGACCUGGAUUUUGGACGGGGGCGUUGGGUGGUGCCGCUCUGGGUUACGAGCUAGGGAGAAACCGUGGCCGCGGCUCGCCGAUUAGACGCACCGCACGGGUUCAUGAAUAUGAUUAUGACAAUUCCGUCGGAGGGAGUUCACGAUCUGCUCCUCGAUUCUCAUCUACUUCGACGAGCACUGGAUUUGGGUCAACAAGACGGAGGUAG